CAUUGGGAUACCACUGUUCCCGGACAGGGAUCCGAAGGGUGGUUCGCGUGUGGGCGCGGCAUCCCGUGUCUCCUUCGUGACACCUGCACGAGGCGCCGGACACCGGGAGCUCGUGGUUUGAGGCUUGUACUCGGACGGUAGUGUCGCGACAACGCUGCCCGCCGCGGACAAGUUUUUACUUUAAGUAAUCCUUAAAUGAAGAGUGGGUAAAGCCUAUAUACAGAAGAGAGACUCCAAUCAACAAUAUCAAUAAGUUGGAAAAGAAAAAUGUUGUCCUUAAACAACCUACAAAAUAUCAUCUAUAACCCGACAAUCCCCUAUGUUGGCACCAUCACUGAGCAGUUGAAGCCUGGCUCCCUGAUUGUAAUCCGUGGGCAUGUUCCUAAAGACUCAGAAAGAUUCCAGGUAGACUUUCAGCAGGGCAACAGCCUGAAGCCCAGAGCAGAUGUGGCCUUCCAUUUUAACCCUCGCUUCAAGAGGUCCAACUGCAUUGUUUGCAACACGCUGAUAAACGAGAAGUGGGGCUGGGAGGAGAUCACCUACAACAUGCCCUUCAGAAAAGAAAAGUCCUUUGAGAUCGUGAUCAUGGUGCUAAAGAACAAAUUCCAGGUGGCUGUGAAUGGAGAGCACGCCCUGCUGUACGCCCACAGGGUCAGCCCAGAGAAGAUCGACACACUGGGCAUCUACGGCAAAGUGAACAUUCACUCCAUCGGCUUCAGAUUCAGCUCGGAUUUACAGAGUAUGGAAACAUCUACUCUGGGACUGACACAGAUAAACAGAGAAAAUAUACAGAAGUCUGGCAAGCUCCAGUUGAGCCUGCCAUUUGAAGCAAGAUUGAAUGCCUCCAUGGGCCCUGGACGAACCGUUGUCAUUAAAGGAGAAGUGAAUACAAAUGCCAAAAGCUUUAACGUUGACCUAGUGGCAGGAAAAUCAAGGGAUAUCGCUCUGCACUUGAACCCACGCCUGAAUGUGAAAGCAUUUGUAAGAAAUUCCUUUCUUCAGGAUGCCUGGGGAGAAGAGGAGAGAAAUAUUACCUGCUUCCCAUUUAGUUCUGGGAUGUACUUUGAGAUGAUAAUUUACUGUGACGUCAGAGAAUUCAAGGUUGCAGUAAAUGGUGUGCACAGCCUGGAGUACAAACACAGAUUUAAAGACCUAAGCAGUAUUGACACACUAUCAGUUGAUGGUGAUAUCCGUUUGCUGGAUGUAAGGAGCUGGUAGCUACCAUGACUGCCAAAACCCCCGAAAUACAAAAUGGCAUAUCUGAUACUGGCCAUGUCAAACGCA